AUGGCAUCCAUCAAAAUCACAUUAUUUGCACUUCUAUUUCUCGCCAUUUUUACAUAUUCUAAGGCAACCCUGAGCCCUCUCAAAGAGACCGAAAUAACACUCUACUACAAAAUUUCUGCCGGUGGCCCAAAUGCGACCGUGAUCGAGGUCCCGGGCCCGUCAAUCGGGCCCCUAAACUUCACUAGGUUCGGAGCCACGUUUGUCUCGGACACCCUGAUAACCGAAGAAAUCGAGGAAUUCUCGGCCCCAGUCGCUAGGGGCCGGCGGUUUUUUGUCAUAGCAGCCCUUGAUGGAUCCCAAAGUCUGUGGGUAGACUCGGUUGUGUUUAUCAAUGGCAAGUAUAAAGGCAGCACACUGCAAUUACAAGGCUCUUACUCGUUUAUGGAAUUGUCGGAGAUGGCAGUGGUAGGCGGCACCGGAAAAUUCCGUCGGGCCAGCGGUUACGCGACUUUCGAGACUGUUUACUUUGAUCCCGUGAGAAGCUAUGCAGUCCUGCAAUCUAAUCUGACUGUGCUACAUUAUGUUUGA